CAACAACAAUUCAUGUAUUUCAUUUUUCACAUUAUAACAGUGGAUGGAACAAUACAUUUUACACAUUAUAAAUAAUAUUGUAUGGAACAAUACUUUUAAGGUAAUAAUAAAUCAAAUAAUACAAACAAAUGACAAUUUUUUUUUUCUUUGUGCACAAGGCCUGGAAAAAUUGAAUUUAGAAUUGAAACAUCAAUAAAACAUAAACUGUACACAUACUGUAAAUAAAAAUGCACAUACCAUACAUAAAUGUACACAUACUGCACACAUAGCAAAGACUCAAUUCCCAUUUUAAAUUUAAUUAAAGUAGUUAAGUAUAAAGUUGUACGUGUCCAAUGAUAUAAAUGGUUUAACAUAUCCAGUGAUAUAAAAUAAAUGGUUUAACAUGGCCACUGAAGGAACAUGCUUAACAUUGUCUAAAAUAUAUGAAGUUUAACAUGGUCACAACAGCAGCAAAUAAAAAUGAACUCCUGUUGAGCAAUAAACUCCUUUUGAGCAAACCUGAACAUUUAAAACGUUUCAGUUUUCAACACCAAAUGUUCAGAUUUGAAGAUUAAUAUGUCCAGAUUUUCUCACAUUACAUUUUUAACAUUUGAUAACUUUAUGAAACUUUAAAUAAUAACAGGCAUUCAUUUUUAAUAACAACAAGAAAGAGGUUGGGAGAGUCAGUACAAAGAAAGGUUGGUAUGGGUGCCACAAAGAAAGAUUGGUAUGGGUGCUACAAAGAAAGGUUGGUAUGGGUGCUACAAAGAAAGGUUGGUAUGGGUGCUACAAAGAAAGGUUGGUACGGGUGCUACAAAGAAAGGUUGGUAUGGGUGCUACAAAGAAAGGUUGGUAUGGGUGCUACAAAGAAAGGUUGGUAUGGGUGCUACAAAGAAAGGUUGGUAUGGGUGCUACAAAGAAAGGUUGGUAUGGAUGCUACAAAGAAAGGUUGUUAUGGGUGCUACAAAGAAAGAUUGGUAUGGGUGCUACAUUAAACUAGUGGUUUCAAUGGGUACAUAUAAGAAGAAAAGAAAGAAAGAUGUCACUAACAUGGGGGGGGGGGGGCAUUUGAUUAUUUUGUCUUUUAUUUAUCUCAUACCAUUAUUUAUAGUUCAUAGAAGAAAAAACCAGUUUGGUGAGUGAAGAGAAGAAUAAUGUAUGCAGGAUCAAACUUUGAACAACAUAAAAAGGAUGACAGUAAAAGACCAACUUUUACAAAAUGACAAGGAUGCAUGCAAGUAAUAGAACAAUUUUUAAGGAUUGCGCAAUGUAUAUGAGUUCUAUGAAAUAAAUUAUUUGAACAGUUGAACAAAACAAAAUGACAUCAAAUAACUCUAUACACAACUUUUCCAUGGGACAAGAAGAUAAACAAAAACAAUCAUAAUUAAUAAUUUCAGAAAUAAUCAGUUGUCAAAAUGAACAGCAGUGUGCUGAGAGAACCUAGUCAUUCUAAGGACUAAGUGAUACAUACCUAGUCAUUCCUAAAGGACUAAGUCACAAAUGAAGCAUCCAACAAACUGGAUUACUAAACACUAUGAAAACAAUCUUUUUC